AUACUCCGUGAUCCUGAUCAGAAGGCAGAGUAUGACUACAUGUUAAAUAAUCCAGAGCAAAUGUAUUAUCAUUACUAUCGCUACUAUCGUCGCCGAUAUGCUGCCAAGGUGGAUAUAAUACGUAAUUUUUAA